CCUCCUGCUGCAGUCACUCCUACUCUGGACCGGACAACAUGAGUUUCACGGUGGAUCAUCACCUCUUCGGGCCGACCUCGUACCGCAAGGCUCGGCCUGCGUCCGUGUCCUCCAGCGGCUUCCACUCGCAGCGCCGCCGCCUCACGUACAGCCAGCCCUCCACCGCCGAGAGCCUGGACACCUUCAACGGCGACAUGACGCGGAGGAGCGAGAAGGAGAUCCUGCAGGCUCUCAACGACCGCUUCGCCGGCUACAUCGACAAGGUGCGCAACCUCGAGAUGCACAACCGCAACCUGGAGGCAGAGGCGGCGGCGCUGCGACAGAGCCAGGCCGGACGCGCCUCGGUCGGGGAGCAUUAUGAGCGAGAGCUGUGCGACCUGCGGUCUCUGCUGCAGCAGCUGACCGGGGAGAAGACGCGUGCGGCUCUGGAGCACGAGCACCUGGAGGAGGACAUCCAACACCUGCGGGUCAGGCUGGAGGAUGAGGCGCGUAACCGGGAGGAGUUGGACGCCGCCGCCCGCGCCAUGAAGAAGUACGCAGAGGAGUGCCGUCUGGCGCGUCAGGAGCUGGACAAGAAACUCCGCGCCCUGGAGGAAGAGGCCGAGUUCCUGAAGAAGAACCACGAGGAAGAAGUGGCCGAGCUCCUGGCUCAGAUUCAGGGCGCGGAGGUGAGCUUCGACAUGAGAGACGGGCUCAAAGCGGACGUCACCAGCGCACUGCGAGAGAUCCGCUCACAGCUGGACACGCACGCGUCCAAGAGCGCCACGCACGCGGAGGAAUGGUUCAAAGUCCGCAUGGAUCGCCUGUCUGAAACUGCCAGGACUAACCACGAUGCCAUCCGCGGGAGCCAGGAAGAGAUUGCCGAGUACCGCCGCCAGCUCCAGAGCCGCACCAUCGAGCUGGAGACUCUCCGAGGAACCAAGGAGUCACUGGAGAGGCAGCGCAUGGAGAGCGAAGACAGACACCAUGAUGACCUCAACUCGCUACAGGAGACCAUCAAUCAGCUGGAUAAUGAGCUGAAAACCACCAAGUGGGAGAUGGCCGGUCAACUAAAGGACUACCAGGACCUGCUGAAUGUGAAGAUGGCUCUGGAUAUUGAGAUAGCAGCUUACAGGAAAUUACUGGAAGGCGAGGAGAAGCGCUUUGUGUCAGGAGGAGCUCCGUACUCUUACUUUGAAGGCAGAGUCUCUGCUUACCUGAAAGUGAAAGGAGACGAGAUCUCAGACACCGUCAUUGUGGAGGAACAGACUGACGAGACCCAGGUGACAGAGGUCACCGUGGAAGCAGACGAGGAGGAAAAGGACGAAAAGGAGGAGGCAGGGGAGGAAGAAGAGGAAACCAAAGAAGAGGAAGAAGAGGAAGGUCAAGAGGGAGAAGACAAGGAGGAGGAAGAGGGAGAGGAAGAGAAAGAAGAGGAGGGUGAAGGAGAUGAGAAGGCAGAAGAAGAGGAAGCAGAGGACCAAGAAGAGCAGCCCAAAUCCCCGGAAAAGGCUGCAAGCCCUCCGUCAAAAUCCCCACAACCUAAAUCUCCUACUGUUAAAUCACCAGAAUCUAAAUCACCACAAAAGUCACCAGAAUCUAAAUCACCAGCAGCCAAAUCACCUGCAAAGUCGCCUGCAGUUAAAUCCCCUGCAGGAGAUGAUUCAAAGUCACCUGCACCAAAAUCACCCGUGUCAAAAUCCCCACCCAGCAAAUCCCCUGAAUCCAAAUCCCCUGAACCCAAGUCUCCAGUGAAAGAGAAGGCAAAGCCUGUCCCCGCCAAAGAAGAGGAGAAGAAGGAGGAGGAGAAGCCUCAGCCCGUCAAGGAGGAUAACAAGGAGAAAGAACAACCUGUGAAGGAGGAGGAGAAGAAGCAGGAACCAAAGAAGAAAGAGCCAGAGAGCAAAGCAGCAGAGAAGGAAGACAAACCUGACGCAAAGACGGAGAGCAAAGAAGAUAAAGCACCAAAGACAGAUGAUGCUUCAAAACCUGCUGCUCCUACUAAGCCCGCAGAAGAUAAGCCUGCACCAAAGCCCGACGCCAAAGAGAGCACCCAGAAAGAGGAGAAGCCUUCUGCUCCAAAAUCAGAGAAGGCCGAGCCGGAGGCAAAGCCCACUCCUAAGGCCGAGCCUGAGAAAACAGAGGGAAAGAAGGAGGAGAAGAAGCCAGAGGAGAAGAAGCCAGAGGAGAAGCCCGCACCUAAAGCUGAGCCUGAGAAAACAGAGAGCAAGAAAGAGGAGAAGAAACCAGAGGUGAAGAAGCCAGAGGAGAAGCCCGCACCUAAAGCCGAGCCUGAAAAAGCAGAGAGCAAGAAAGAGGAGAAGAAGCCAGAGGAGAAGAAGGACACAAGUAAAGAAGAGAGUAAGGCGGUGAAGGACGAAGGCAAGGCGGAGAAAUCCUCCAGCACCGAGUCAAAGGAGAGCAAGGAGGAGAAGACCAAGAAGUGAAAGCGAGAAGCUGGAAUGGUCGAGAUGCCAAAGGAACUAUAAGGGAAGGCAGGGCCGAGAGGCUGGAGGUAACCAGCCGUUUAGACUGACACUGUAGUGUUCACAUAAAAGCAGGUAACAGUAUGUAAGCAAUAGUGCUUUCUGUAGCAAAUAAUCCCCCUGCGCCCUCAGUAUGGCCAUUACACAUCCCUGAUGCUUCUGACGUAUGACUGUAGUGAAUGCAGAAUGCUCUAAACUCUUCCAUCUGAAUGUGACGAGUGCCCUUGACGAUUAAACAAGUGCAUUUAAACUGAAUCCCACUGACGGGGAUGGCAGGAGCCUGCUGUACCGAUGUCAAAAACACCACCAUGAGUUAAAGAUUGUGACACAUGUUGACUAUAGAAGUGUAUAUUUAAGGAGAUACAAAAUGUCUAUAUUAUAUUUGCACACGCACAUCAGUUUAAGACUUGAAAUUUAUGCUUGUUGUGCACCUUAAUGCAGCUUCUCCUGACACGUGAACUGCACCGUCUCACUCCACUGGUCUGCAAUGCUAAAGACAAAGAUGACUGUGCUCUGUAUAAACUGCUGAGAAUAUGCAACGUGAAACAGUAAAUAAAGAGUGAAAAAUCGA